CUGCAGGACACCGUCAAGUGCGCUAACGUCCAGGCCAACGGCGGCUCUUGCAGCUACCCGGCAUGCAACUGCGCUGAGCCACCGAAGAGCAAGUCUGUUACGCGUCUCGGUCGAAUGGAUCUUACCGCGCAAGCUUCAACUCCGAGAGGUAAUGGGAAGGCGAACAAGAUCCUCGCGGUGCCUUGUGUCGCAGAGCGCGACGGACGGGACGAAGGCCCCGAGGCAUGGCGCAGGCCUUUGCGUGGCCCUCGGGAUAAGUACUCGCUUCAACGCUCGCGACGGGGAAACCAACGUGCGCCCACACCCGACAGCGACGACGAUCUCGCUGUGCCCAGUCGCUCAGAGCAAGGCUACCCUCUGGCGAAAUUCCACAUCCAACUUCAGCCGAUUGAACACAGCCACAGUGGCGACUGUAGACGGAGAAUCGAACAACGCUCGAACAAGCGUCCAGCAAGGAAAGGUGCAUAUAACCAGUCUGCGGGUGAUCUGAAGACCGCUUGCAGACUGCCGAAGGCGUUAUACACCGAUCGCUGCAGCAGAAAUUACGUGACGAAUCAGGUCACCGAGCAAGAGACCCUGAGCGGGCGUCGCCAGUCGAGUCAGAGCAGCGCGCGGUUGUCGCCAGUCGUCGAAGGCGAAGUUGAGGUCGUCGAUAGUUCAGACGCAAUGCUCUUGGGCGACCCUCUUGAAUACAUCGAUCUGUGCCUGGAAUGCGCCGUCGUGCAGCCCCGGGACGUGUCUGCGAAGCAAGCGCUAUACUGCCAGCAUCGCGGGAACGGUGUUCAAGUUUAG